AUGAAAGGCAUUCUCAUUGCUGGUGUCUUUGCGGCGUUUGCCAUCACAGUUAUAGACUCCCUGGAUUGUAGGCAGUGUACCACAAACGAUGACAUUAAGAGCUGCAAGGAUGAAGCCUCUUCAUGUGGUGAAAGUACAGAUUUUGUGAGUUGUGUGGAGUCCUUGGUCAAUUCCACUCUAGGAGGGUCUCAGCCUUUGUACCAGGAAAGGUCCUGCUCGGCAAGUAAUUGCGAGACCAUAAUUCAAGCAGACUUCACGGUGCGUUUGCCUGAUGCUCAACAAUAUCAUUUUGUAAGCCAGUGCUGCCAAGGAGAGGCAUGCAAGGACACAGACCCUGGACCACGGAAUCUCACCAACACCCAGUGCUCUUCUUGCUAUAGCACUAACCAAGGAGCCUGCAACGAGACAACCCAACAGUGUUUUGAAGGAGAGCAAUGUGUCCACAUCAUUGUUCAGCAUGGAAGUGGCGAGGAGUCUGUUACAGAAGAGCUGAAAGGCUGUUCUGAUAUCAGUGAUGCUACUUGCAAAGCCCUGGAUUCUGAGAGCGCAAAAAUUGGAGAAUUCACUUUCCAGAAAGUUAACUGCACAAAAGCGACCAUAAUCCCAGAAGUCACCACCACCACGACCCCAACCACAGUCACCACGACCCCUAGCACAGUCACCACGACCCCUAGUACCAGCACAACCAUCAAAGCUUCCUUCAUCUCCUCUGUCUUUGGCAGCCUCCUUCUUCUGAAGCUGCUAUUCUGAGGUCCCUGGGCUCUGCC